CAUUCACACCUCGCUUUCACCGGAAGACGAAGAAGCGCGUGGUCAAAGCGGACGUGGAUUGUUCGCAGCUUCCUUUCUCUCGCGCGGCUCGCCGAAAGCUCCAUCAUGCCACCCAAGGACAGUAAGCAGAAGAAGGAUACGUCUAAGGCCAAAAAGGACAAAGAUCCCGUCAAUAAAUCUGGAGGCAAAGCGAAAAAGAAGAAGUGGUCCAAAGGGAAGGUGAGGGACAAGCUUAACAACCUGGUCCUCUUCGACAAGGCCACUUAUGACAAGCUGUACAAAGAAGUCCCGAACUACAAGCUCAUCACGCCCGCUGUGGUCUCCGAGAGGCUGAAGAUUCGAGGCUCCUUGGCCAGGGCGGCUCUCCUCGAACUGCUCGGCAAAGGUAUGAUCAAACUUGUGUCAAAGCACAGGGCUCAGGUGAUCUACACGCGCAACACCAAGGGCACUGAUGAGGGAGCACCCGAGAAGGAUGCGUAAACAGGUCCUCUCCGGUUCAUCAAUGUGUUUUGUAUAGUUAAAUAAAGAACAAAAAUUGA